CAGUCCGGGGCUCUAAGAGGAGAGGAACAGCCCAGAGAGAGAGAGAGAGAGAGAGAGAGAGAGAGAGCAGCACAGGGGGGGUCUCCAGUUUUUAGUCCCAAUCCCACACUCAAGAAAGUGCCUCUCUGUUUCUGCCGAGGAUGGAGAACGCGCACACUAAAGAGUCGGACGAAGUUCUGGCCUACUUUGGAGUCACAGAGGAAACGGGCCUGCCGCCUGAGCAGGUGAAGAAGAACCUGGAAAAGUACGGCUACAACGAGCUGCCAGCAGAGGAGGGAAAGAGUAUCUGGGAGUUGGUGGCGGAGCAGUUUGAGGACCUGUUGGUCAGAAUCCUUCUUCUGGCUGCGUGCAUCUCCUUUGUGCUGGCGUGGUUUGAGGAAGGCGAGGAGACGGUCACCGCCUUCGUCGAGCCCUUCGUCAUCCUCCUCAUCCUCAUUGCCAAUGCCAUCGUAGGGGUGUGGCAGGAGCGGAAUGCAGAAAGCGCCAUAGAGGCCCUGAAGGAGUACGAGCCUGAGAUGGGAAAGGUUUACCGGGCCGACAGGAAGAGCGUGCAGAGGAUCAAGGCCAGGGAGAUCGUCCCUGGUGAUGUGGUGGAAGUUUCUGUCGGCGACAAAGUUCCAGCUGACAUCAGGAUCAUCUCCAUCAAGUCCACAACUCUGCGUGUGGACCAGUCCAUUCUGACCGGGGAGUCUGUCAGCGUGAUAAAGCACACUGAGGCCGUCCCAGACCUCCGAGCUGUGAACCAGGACAAGAAGAACAUGCUGUUCUCGGGCACCAACAUCGCUGCCGGUAAAGCGGUCGGCAUCGCCGUCGCCACCGGCGUCUCCACAGAGAUCGGUAAGAUUCGUGACCAGAUGGCAGCCACCGAGCAGGAGAAGACGCCUCUGCAACAGAAACUGGAUGAGUUCGGAGAGCAGCUGUCCAAGGUCAUCUCCCUCAUCUGUGUGGCCGUGUGGAUAAUCAACAUCGGCCACUUCAAUGACCCCGUCCACGGGGGGUCCUGGUUCCGUGGUGCCAUCUACUAUUUCAAGAUUGCUGUGGCUUUGGCUGUGGCUGCCAUUCCUGAAGGCCUGCCUGCCGUCAUCACCACCUGUCUGGCGCUGGGAACCCGUCGCAUGGCCAAGAAGAACGCCAUCGUCAGAAGCCUUCCGUCUGUGGAGACUCUGGGCUGCACCUCGGUCAUCUGCUCCGACAAGACGGGCACGCUCACCACCAACCAGAUGUGUGUAACCAAGAUGUUCAUCAUCGAUAAAGUUGAAGGCGACAACGUCACCCUUAGUCAGUUUGACAUUUCAGGCUCAAAGUACACCCCUGAAGGAGAAGUCACAAAGAACGGCGCACUUAUGAAGUGUGGACAGUACGAUGGGCUGGUUGAGCUGGCGACCAUCUGUGCCCUGUGCAAUGACUCGUCUCUGGACUACAACGAGACCAAGGGCAUUUAUGAGAAAGUGGGCGAGGCCACAGAGACGGCCCUGUGCUGCUUGGUGGAGAAGAUGAACGUGUUCAACACUGACGUGCGCGGCCUGUCAAAGAUCGAGCGGGCGAACGCCUGCUGUUCUGUCAUCAAGCAGCUGAUGAAGAAGGAAUUCACUCUGGAGUUCUCCAGAGACAGAAAGUCCAUGUCAGCGUACUGCUCGCCUGCUAAAUCUGCCAAGGCGCCCGUAGGGAACAAGAUGUUUGUCAAAGGUGCUCCCGAAGGCGUGAUCGAUCGCUGCACCUAUGUCCGCGUCGGCACAAACCGCUUGCCGCUGACCGGCCCGGUCAAAGACCACAUCAUGUCCAUCAUCAAGGAGUGGGGCACCGGGCGCGACACCCUCCGCUGUUUGGCCCUCGCCACCCGCGACACUCCUCCGAGGAAGGAAGAGAUGAACCUGGAGGACUCCACGCGGUUUGCAGACUACGAGACUGACUUGACGUUCGUUGGCUGCGUCGGCAUGCUCGACCCGCCUCGCAAGGAGGUCAUGAGCUCCAUCGAGCUGUGCAGGGCGGCUGGCAUCCGCGUCAUCAUGAUCACCGGUGACAAUAAGGGUACAGCUGUGGCAAUCUGCAGACGCAUCGGCAUCUUCACCGAGGAUGAGGACGUCACUGGUAAGGCCUUCACCGGCCGUGAGUUCGACGACCUCGCUCUGUACGACCAGAAGAAAGCGGUCCGAAAGGCCGGCUGCUUUGCCAGGGUGGAGCCCUCCCACAAGUCCAAGAUUGUUGAGUUCCUGCAGGGCUUUGAUGAGAUUACUGCCAUGACCGGCGAUGGAGUGAACGAUGCCCCGGCUUUGAAGAAGGCGGAGAUCGGCAUCGCCAUGGGCUCUGGCACUGCCGUUGCCAAGUCUGCCUCUGAGAUGGUCCUGGCUGACGACAACUUCUCUUCCAUUGUGUCCGCUGUUGAGGAGGGCAGAGCCAUUUACAACAACAUGAAACAGUUCAUCCGCUACCUCAUCUCCUCCAACGUAGGCGAGGUCGUCUGUAUUUUCCUGACUGCUGCCUUGGGUCUGCCAGAGGCGCUGAUCCCCGUCCAGCUUCUGUGGGUCAACCUGGUGACUGAUGGUCUACCAGCCACUGCGCUGGGCUUCAAUCCCCCUGACCUGGACAUCAUGGGAAAAGCCCCCCGCUCCCCCAAGGAGCCCCUUAUCUCAGGCUGGCUCUUCUUCAGAUAUCUGACCAUCGGAGGUUAUGUUGGUGCUGCAACAGUGGCAGCAGCAGCAUGGUGGUUCCUGUACUGUGACGAGGGCCCAAUGGUCACCUUCUACCAGCUGUCGCACUUCAUGCAGUGCACCGAGGAGAACGAGGACUUUGACGGCAUCCACUGUGACGUAUUCGAGUCCUCUCCCCCGAUGACGAUGGCUCUGUCUGUGCUGGUCACCAUCGAGAUGUGCAACGCUCUGAACAGCUUGUCUGAGAACCAGUCCCUGGUGCGGAUGCCUCCCUGGAGCAACGGCUGGCUGAUGGCCGCCAUGAGCCUCUCCAUGUCCCUCCACUUCAUGAUCAUCUACGUCGACCCCCUGCCUAUGAUCUUCAAGCUCACUCAUCUGAAUGUGGAGCAGUGGCUGAUGGUGCUGAAACUCUCCUUCCCGGUCAUCCUUCUCGAUGAGCUUCUGAAAUUCGUGGCUCGCACAUAUCUGGAAGGAAAGGUUUAGAGGAAAGCGUGAAGGAGGGAGCAUCGGAAGCAGAGGGAGCACGACGACACGGAGGAUGGAGAGAUGAAACAGCAGAUUGCUGCAGAUGAAUGAAAGCUCGCCAAGUCACUUGAUCUAAACAUCAAGUGGUGUGAAAUCAACAGGAGACACAUAGGGCAUCAGAAAAUACACCAAAAAGCUGCAAACAGUAUUGUUUUUUUUUUGUUGUUGUUUUUUUUCUGUGUAUGUUCAGAAAAUAAUAUAUAGUUACAGUAUUUUAAAGCUAUUCUGUUUAUUCUAUUCUUAAAGAAUAAAGAUGUGUACUGAAGCGAA